ACUAAAAGGAAAAAGAUGGGCACGGGGGAUUUUAUCUGCAUUUCCAUGACUGGAGGGGCGCCCUGGGGGUUCAGGCUGCAAGGUGGCAAGGAGCAGAAGCAGCCCUUACAAGUUGCAAAGAUUCGAAGCCAGAGCAAAGCCUCCGGGUCUGGGCUCUGUGAGGGGGAUGAAGUGGUCUCAAUCAAUGGCAACCCUUGUGCAGACCUCACCUACCCAGAAGUCAUCAAGCUCAUGGAAAGCAUAACAGACUCUCUCCAAAUGUUCAUCAAAAGACCAUCCAGUGAAAUAAGUGAAGCUUUGAUCUCUGAAACUGAAAACAAAAACCAUGAGCAGCAUCUCACACAUGAGGGGUACGUGGAAAGUACCACCCUGCAGAUUCGGCCAGCCACCAAGACCCAGUACAGAGAGUUCUUCAUCGCCCCACUCACGAGUGGAGUUCCCCUAGCCGAGGACCAAAGAAGUGGUCCCAGUUGUUCAGAGGGUGUAAAAGAAGAAACAGGCCUGAGCUACCAAAGGGCCCCUCAAAUGCCUGACUCCCAGAAAGAACGCUUGGCAGAACAGGUCAUCCUAAGGGAGAAGGCAGAAGUGGGACGGCCAGGCCCUGUGGUUGAGCUACAGCUGUCCCUCUCCCAGGAGAGACACAAGAGCACUAGUGGCCCUGUAGUGGCUCUCCUAGGAGCUGAAAAAUCUAAGUCUCCUGACCCAGAUUCUAACUUACAACAUGAUGGGAUCGUCUACCUGAAUUCAGUCCCUACUAGCGAGAAAGCAGACCCUUCUCUGAGGUCCAGCAAGACAAUCCAGAUCUCCGGUGGCCGAGAGCUGAGAGUGAUCCAGGGAAGUGAAGCAGGAGACACGGGGCUGCCCCGGGUGGAAGUGAUCCUCGACUGCUCUGACAGGCAGAAGACAGAAGGGUGCAGGCUUCAGGCAGGAAAGGGGUGUGUGGAUUCUCCAGUGGAAGGAGGGCAGUCAGAAGCACCUCCUUCUCUGGUUUCCUUUGCCGUCUCAUCAGAAGGCACAGAGCAGGGAGAAGAUCCACGCUCGGAAAAGGAUCACAGCAGACCUCACAAGCACAGAGCACGGCACGCACGGCUCAGGAGGAGCGAAAGCCUAUCAGAAAAGCAGGUGAAAGAAGCAAAAUCUAAAUGCAAAAGCAUUGCCCUUCUUCUGACAGAUGCGCCCAACCCCAACUCCAAGGGGGUGUUGAUGUUUAAGAAGCGACGUCGGAGGGCCAGGAAAUACACCCUAGUCAGUUACGGUACUGGAGAGCUUGAGAGAGAGGCAGAGGAGGAGGAAGACGGUGACAAAGAGGAUACCUGUGAAGUUGCAUUUCUUGGCACGAGUGAAUCAGAGGUGGAUGAAGAGUUAUUGUCUGACAUUGACAACGACACACAAGUUGUGAACUUUGAUUGGGAUUCAGGACUGGUGGACAUUGAAAAGAAAUUGAACAGAGAGGACAAGAUGGAAUUGUUGCCAGACACCACAGGCAAGGGAGCCCUCAUGUUUGCCAAGAGGAGGGAGAGAAUGGAUCAGAUCACAGCCCAAAAAGAAGAGGAGAGAGUGGGUGGAAUGCCAGGCAGAGAACCAGAUGCUUCCCAGACAGAUGGCCUGAGAACCACGACUUCUUACCAAAGGAAGGAAGAAGAAUCAGCGAGACUGCAAAGCUCUGUGAGCAAAAGCUACAUUGAGGUGAGCCAUGGUCUUGGCCAUGUACCCCAACAGAAUGGCUUCAGUGGGGUGUCUGAGACAGCAGAGGCCCAGAGGAUGAUCCCUAUGAAUAGAACGGCCAAACCCUUCCCAGGGUCUGUGAACCAGCCAGCAACCCCCUUUUCCCCAACCCGAAACGUGACAAGUCCCAUCGCUGACUUUCCUGCUCCUCCACCUUAUUCUGCAGUCACUCCUCCACCUGAAGCCUUCUCCAGAGGCAUAUCAAGUCCGAUCACUGGCCCAGCACAGCCUCCUCCAUGGCCGCAGCCUGCCCCCUGGUCCCAGCCAGCCUUUUACGAUGCAUCUGAGCGCAUAGCUUCCCGGGAUGAGAGGAUCUCAGUGCCAGCAAAAAGAACAGGGAUAUUGCAGGAGGCCAAAAGGAGAAGUACAACAAAACCCAUGUUUACUUUUAAAGAGCCCAAAGUAAGCCCAAAUCCUGAACUCUUGUCACUUCUUCAAAAUUCAGAAGGCAAACGGGGCACUGGAGCUGGAGGUGAUUCUGGACCUGAAGAAGACUACCUCAGCUUAGGAGCAGAGGCUUGCAAUUUCAUGCAAAGCUCCUCUGCUAAACAAAAGACCCCACCUCCUGUUGCUCCAAAACCUGCAGUCAAGUCCUCAUCCUCCCAACCAGUAACUCCAGUUUCUCCAGUGUGGUCUCCAGGAGUGGCUCCAACCCAACCUCCUGCCUUCCCCUCCUCAAACCCAUCACAAGGCACCAUUGUUUCCUCCAUCAAAAUAGCCCAGCCUUCUUACCAUCCUUCCCGGCCGGCGAGUGCUCUGAACCUGGCUGGUCCCUUCAAAGGACCACAAGCAGCUGUAGCCAGUCAGAAUUACACACCUAAGCCAACAGCUCCCACACCAACAGUAAAUGCUGCUCACACUGGUGGAAUGAGACCAUCCAACGAGCUUCCAGGAAUGAGUGGGAAGGGAGCCCAGCUCUUCGCUAAGAGGCAGUCGAGAAUGGAGAAGUAUGUGGUAGAUUCAGACACAGUGCAGGCCCAUGCUGCUCGAGCUCAGUCUCCCACCCCAUCUCUGCCAGCCAGCUGGAAGUACUCCUCCAAUGUCCGAGCACCUCCUCCUCUGGCCUACAAUCCCAUCCACUCCCCUUCCUACCCACCGGCUGCUGUCAAGUCUCAGCCAUCAGCCCCACAGGCCUCCAGAAUGAGCAAGAAAAAGGGCAAGAAGCCCCUCAAUGCUUUGGAUGUCAUGAAGCACCAACCAUAUCAGCUCAAUGCAUCCUUGUUUACUUUCCAACCUCCAGAUGCAAAGGAUGGACUCCUGCAAAAGUCAUCAGUCAAGGUCAAUGUAGCCCCAGCCAUGAAGCAAGCUCUCCCUCCCCGGCCAGUGAAUGCUGGCUCACCCACAAAUGUGCAGGCUUCAUCGGUGUACUCAGUACCAGCCUAUACCUCUCAGCCUUCCUUCUUUGCAGAGGUCACCUCACCAGUCAGCGCAUCCCCUGUGCCUGUGGGUGUUCCAACUUCUCCAAAGCAAGAAUCAGCCUCGACAUCUUAUUUUGUGGCACCAAGGCCGAAGUUCUCAGCCAAGAAAAGUGGUGUCACGAUUCAGGUGUGGAAACCAUCUGUUGUGGAAGAGUAAUCUUGUAGCUGAAGCUGAGUGUCCACUUUGCUUGAGAUGAAUUGUUUGCAGUGUUACUUGAGUUCCCGAGAAUGCCUAGCAAGUCCUCAACUUACUUAAUUUCAGAUAUGUCACCUCCCAAUCUGGGUCCAAGGAGCGUAAUAUUUUUAAUGAGUCAAAAAUCCGACUCAGAUUGACUUAAAACAUAUUUAUCUUCUUUGCACACUUAAAAUAUGUGGGAGGACCCCAAAAUAGACAUAUGCCAUUAUAUUAAAUAAGCAGGAUACUUAGGAUUUAUGAUUUAGCUACAAGAAAGACAGUGAUCAGUGUUAGUAAACAUUAGGACACAGCCUUUAUGUAACAUAACAGCUGUGUUCCUAUGGUCAAAAAGUUCAAGUGUAGUGAAAAUGAAACAUAUAUUGACUGAGAUUUCCCUUUUACAGAGUGCUUUAUCUACUACUAGUGUUAAGAGAAUGAGAAAUCUACCAAGGACAGGGAUCAGGUCUGGUCUGUCAACAUCAGCCACCUGUUUGAUACUGCAGAAGAGGUCCUCUGAGCAUUGUUGGAAUGUACAUAGUUUAGUAAGAGGCGGGUAAGAAAGAGGGUUUCAAUAAUUAUUGAGCACUUAUAUAUGAGAUUAUUUGCCAGAUGUUUUUACACAUAUUAACUCAUUUCAGAAGACUUAUUUAAAGUAAUUGGGAUAGGGCAAGAAGGAUAUUGAUCCUUAGAGAUUGAUUCCAUCCUCCCUCCCCAGUUACUUAAGGAACUAAGUAUUUCUCCAAUUGCUUAUGAAAGCAUAAGUCUGUUUUCCACGGUGGAGGCAAGCAGCAGAGUACAGUGUAAUGAAGUAACUUAAAAGGCAGGAUGCCCAAAAGGUAUACAUGACUAUUAUUUUACCUUGAGAAGCCACAAGAUUGGGACCUGAAGGGGUACUGACUCCAGGGGCUGUUUGUGAAGCUUGAGGAACCCCGUGCAUGUGGAGACUACAGGGUGAGAACACACAAUUAUUAGCAUCAUAUUUGGGUGCCCUCACAGAUUUUUUUCUUGAGUUUGUUUUGCUUUUUGACAACUGUUUCUCCCACUUGCUAUUCUAUUCUCACACCUUCACUUUAUCAUUCAUAUUUGAUGGACCAGGAUAAUUCAGGCAAGGUUACCUGUCAAGUUAGGUUGGUCACACACCAUGUCGUCAUCCAGCUGGCUAUGAGGUUAGUAAUGUUACUGAAAGUAAACCUGAAGACCUUUCUCAGAUCUAUUUUAAGUCUGUCUGACCAACCAUGGAAAAUAUUCAACAUGAAUUAAUGUAGAGACCUAUAAAGCAUUUAUGACAGCUUCAAGGAAAACCAUGUACUCUAUGUAGGAAAUAUGUUUAGAGACUUCUCAUAAAAAUUUGCCUGAUUUGAGGGUACAUAAUACCAUUUUAAUCCACUGAAAAUACGUUAUUCCUGUUCUUUUUCUGCUGUCACUGUCAAUCUGUUAUAUUUUUCACUAUCCUAUUAAAAUAUUACUUUCUUCA